GCACUGACAGCAUCAAAGUGGUCAGCGGCCCAGAAAGUUUGCCGCCGCUAGGAUCGACCCUAGAAAUAGAAAUAUCAAACUUGUUGGCUGCGUUGCCAGAAAAAGACAAGAACGAGGAAAUGAGACAGAUAGAGUUUGCCGUGCUGAGCCACAUCUCAGAACUGAGGAGAAUCUACACCUUUUACAGCCGCCUAGGGGAUGACCAGUCUCCCGACAACGCCUUCCAGAUGUCCAAGCUUCAAUUCUGGCGCUUCUUAAAGGACUGCCGGUUCCAUUAUUGCAAUGUGACCCUUUCUGAUGUGGACCGGAUCCUGGAAGAAAAGACUUCCCUUGAAGAGAUUCACUCCUACAGCGAGAAGCUGCUGUUCCGAAAGUUUUUGGCUUACCUGAUCUAUUUGUCGUUCCGCAUCUAUUACGAGGAGUUUGGCAACAUGUUCAAGUGCUUCUCCAAAAUGAUGACGACGAACGUCCUCCCCAACGCCUGCCGAAUAAAAGGCAUUUUGUUCCGUGACCAGCAAGAAACAGUUUAUGCCAUUAGCUACAUCGGCAAGAGCUGGGAGAUUUACCAAGCUUUCUGCAGACCAAACCUGGUAGCUCCUCAUGAGCCUACUAUGAAAAUGAGGCAUUUCCUCUGGAUGCUGAAAGAUUUAAGACUCGUAAACAAGCAAUUAACUGCUACCAAAAUUGUGGACGUCCUGGCGAAAGACAGUCCCUUUGUCCGGGAUGGAGAAUACACCAGUUUAGAGACAGAGAUAGUUUUCCUGGAGUUUUUUGACGCCCUCCUGGAUUGCGCCUUGCUGUACGUCACCGACGACAUGUUGAGGCAGCAAGUGGAAUGGGCCAGCCAGCGGGGAAGUGGCGGCCCGCUGAGCGACUUCUCUGAAGGAGUCAAGGCUUCUCCUCCAUCUCAGGAGUUAUCUUCUAAUCAGUCAGUUCGUACCAGUAGUACAAGCAGCGGCGAAGCAAGCCACAAAGGCGGGGACACGGCCGUUUGCCUUAGCGCCAAGUCUUCCACGAGCAAGAUCGUACAUUUCGUCGACGUUUCAAAGACGAAGAGCAAGGUUGGUGGUCUUUUCCGCCCUCUCUCCCCUGUCAGGUAG